UUUACCGUGUCCGGAAGUAUAUUGGCUUUUUUGUCCAGCUUGGAUGUGUAAUUCCCUCAUUACGGACUCUAGCUGUUAUUUAGGACAGCUAAACAUAAAUAUUCAUAUUUUUUUCCCUCUAACUAGGCGACCGGAUUUAUUUAUUUGAUUUAGCUCGCGCACAGAGGACGUGUCGUCGCGAGAAACUUUGGAAAUUUAGCCUAACUGGCAGCCGGAUGGCUAACGUUAGCUAGCGAGCUAACAGGCUGAGAGGGCUCACUCAGGGGUUUGUGUACAGUUUAUUUUACUGGUUUAGUUUAAAAAGAAGGAUGAAUGAGAGCCAGAAGAUGCCUGGUCGUAUUCUCCGGACUGUGGUUUAAUUUUUUUUAUUGAGGUUACAGUGAUGUUUAGGAUUUUGGGGACAUAAAUACUGAAACAGGUCGACUUUAGGUGAUUGAAGAUGGACGAGAAAUACAGCAGUAACGUCCUCUCAGGGGGUAAACUGGGAAUGGUGGAAGUGCCCGAUUCAAGGUUAACCAGAUACAUAGUUUUACUGGUUAUCACAAAGGUCCUCAAGGCUCUUGGGAUCUUUGAAUCUUACGAUAUCCUAAAGGUUGUUCACAUUGUCCAGUUCAUCUUUAUACUAAAAUUAGGGAGUGCUGUUAUUCUGCUUUUCUUUCAAAAGCCUUUUUCUUCUGGCAAAGUCAUCUCGAAAAGACAGUGGAUAAAGUUACUAAAGCAUGCUGUUUUCAGCUGUGUCAUAUCCCUGCUGGGCUUCUUCGGUCUAACUCUCUGCGGACCUCUGAGGACGUUAUUGCUUUUUGAGCACAGUGACGUGGUGGUCAUUGCUCUCCUCGGUGUCCUGUUCACAAGCUCAGGAGGAGGGCCGUCCAAGACCAGAGGCGCUGCUCUCUUCAUCAUCGCUGUGAUCUGCCUCCUCCUCUUUGACAACGAUGACCUCAUGGCAAAGAUGGCAGAGCAUCCUGAGGGACAUCAUGACAGUGCGCUCACGCAUUUCCUCUACACUGCCAUUGCAUUUUUAGGGGUUGCAGAUCACAAAGGGGGCGUUGUGCUGCUGGUGGCCUCCCUGUGCCUGAAAGUGGCCUUCCACACGGCCUCCAGGAAACUCUCGGUGGAAAUCGGUGGUGCAAAACGCCUCUAUGCCCUUGACAACUUGGUUUCUGCUAUGGUUCUGCUGCCCUGGGUCAUAGUGCUCUCAGCUACCACAGAGAGUAAAGUCGAAUCAUGGUCGUCGCUCAUCCUGCCGUUCGGGAUGAUCGUCUUCUCCGUAAUGAUCCUGGAGUUUUACGUCGAGGCAAUCUGCAACACCAAGAUGGAGACGCCGAGGUGCGCCCGCUACGGCACCAUCGCCCUCUUCCUCAGCGGCCUGCUGCUGGCCAACUUCUGGACUCACCCGCUGACCGACCAGCUGCGCUCCAUGAGCAAACCGCCCCAGCAGGUCAGCACGGAGCACGUGCUCUCUGGAGGAGUGCUGGUCAGCGCCAUCUUCUUCAUCAUGUCGUCCAGUAUUCUCUCGUCUCCGUCAAAGAAAGGUCAGAAGGGCACCUUGGUGGGUUACUCACCCGAAGGGACUCCUCUGUACAACUUCAUGGGCGACGCCCUGCAGCACACAUCGCAGUCCCUCCCGCGGUUCAUCAAAGAUUCCCUGAAACAGAUCCUGGAGGAAUACGACUCCAGACAGAUCUUCUACUUCCUGUGUCUCAACCUGGCUUUUACCUUUGUGGAGCUGUUUUAUGGCGUUUGGACCAACAGUCUGGGUCUGAUCUCUGACGGCUUCCACAUGCUGUUUGACUGCUCCGCUUUAGUCCUUGGCUUGUUCGCUGCCCUCAUGACUCGCUGGAAGGCGACCAGGAUCUUCUCUUAUGGGUAUGGUCGUGUUGAAAUACUGUCUGGAUUCAUCAACGGUCUGUUCCUGAUGGUCAUCGCUUUCUUUGUCUUUGUGGAGUCGGUCACACGUGUGUUGGAUCCUCCUAAUAUAAACACAGACAUGCUGACUCCGGUGUCUGUCGGAGGCUUACUGGUCAAUCUGGUGGGUAUUUGCGCCUUCAGUCACGCUCACUCCCACGGCGGCAAAAGCUGCUCGUCACAUGACCACGGUCACUCUCACCACGGCCACUCCCACAGCGAGCACAGCCACGGAGGUCACGGCCACUCUCACGGAGGGCACGGGCACGGUGGACAUGGUCAUGGCGGGCACAGCGGACACGGGCACGGCGGACACGGGCACUCCCACGGCUCAGGGGGUGGAGGCAUGAAUGCCAACAUGAGAGGUGUGUCUCAGUUGAAACACCAAAAAAAACUUUGUGGAACAGGAAGUUGUAGCCAGAUAAAAUCCUCAUGUUUCUCCCUUGCAGGUGUUUUUCUUCAUGUCCUGGCUGACACGCUGGGCAGCGUAGGCGUGAUUAUUUCCACCAUCCUCAUCCGUCAGUUCGGCUGGCUGAUCGCCGACCCGAUUUGUUCGCUCUUUAUCGCCUCACUCAUUUUUCUUAGUGUCAUCCCUCUGCUGAAGGACGCUUGCGAAGUUCUUCUCUUACGAAUUCCCCCAGAAAAUGAGAAGGACCUGAACAGCGCGCUGGAAAAGAUUGAGAAAAUCGAAGGAGUGUUGUCAUACAGAGACCCUCAUUUUUGGAGGCAUUCAGCCAACAUGAUCGCAGGGACCAUCCACCUCCAGAUCAUGGCUGAUGUGGUGGAGCAGAGGAUCAUACAGCAGGUAACGGCCAUUCUGAAAGACGCUGGCGUGAAUAACCUGUCGGUGCAGGUGGAGAAGGAGGCGUACUUUCAGCACAUGUCUGGACUCAGCACAGGUUUUCAUGAAGUUCUGGCGAUGACUCAGCAGAUGGAGUCCAUGAAAUACCUUAAAGACGGGACGUGUAUCAUGUAAAGACCACGUGUUGGACCAAAUUAAACUUUACUGACUCGAGCCUUUUUACAUUGAAAUGUACAGUAUAUGUAUGUAUGUAUGUGCUUUAAAUAAAUCUGAAUAUAUUGGUUUUAUUUA